AUGAAGUCAUUUAGAAGAGUUUCUUUCCUUAUCCUCGCCGCCGUCGUCUUCCAUCUCUUCUUGUCCGCUUCCAUCGUCGAAGCGCAUGGAGUUGUACUUGAUAAUGGAACUGCGGUGGUCACGCCCCCGACCGCGUUUUGUGUGCCAACGGAGCAAGCUUCCGAUGCUGAAUUGCAGAAAGCCUUGGAUUUCGCGUGCGGCCAAGGCAUUGAUUGCGGUCCAAUUCAGCCGGGUGCCGUCUGCGGUGAUCCACCCACCGUCAGGUCUCGUGCCGCAUUCGCCAUGAAUUCUUACUACCGCUCUCAUGAAAGCAACCCUAGUUUUUGUGAUUUUAAUGGCAUUGGAAGAGUAAUCAGCGAGAAUCCAAGUAAGCGUUUAGUUCCUGCUAUGGGAAUUGCAAAUAUAUUGAAGAACUGA